AUGGAGGGACCACUGCACUACAGACAGUUUAGAAACUACACCAAUCAACAAAAUGUGCGUAUUCGACACCUUAGGGAUAGAUUUAGCCCUUUAGAGGAAUACCACAAUGAAGACUUUUGUUUGCAUUUUCACCUUCAAAGGGAUUCAGUCAUUGACCUUGUAAAAAUUUUGGAGAAAGAUCUUCAACAUCAAACUAGGAGAGGACUGCCGCUGACACCAAUGCAGCAAGUGCUUAUUGCUUUGAGAUUCUAUGCAACAGGAACUUUUCAAAGGGUUAUUGGCGAUUUAUUUGGUGUUAGUGCAUUUGCUGCAUGUACUGCAGUUGACAAGGUUUCAAGGGCUAUU